UGGGGAGUGGGGGGUAGGGGGGAAGAGAGGAGCAAGCAGCUGCCGAGAGGAAGAGGAAGCAGCGGCAGACGGAGCCGGUAACAGCGGCUGAUCGGACCCACCGGAACACAGACUUGUAACUCAGGGAGAGGAGGAUAAAGCAGCCGGGAAACAGCAACCUAUCGCUCCCCCUGCCCCCUAACGCUCACCAGCGCUGCUUGUCCGAGGAGGGGAUGCCGCUUCUCCACCGCAAACCGUUCGUCAGACAAAAACCCCCGGCCGACCUGAAGCCGGACGAAGAAGUUUUCUACUGUCGGAUGACCAUCGAGAUCUUCAGGAAUUAUGAUGACUUUUUUGAAAGAACCAUACUUUGCAACAGUCUAGUUUGGAGCUGUGCUAUUACAGGCAAACCAGGGCUGACUUACCAGGAAGCGCUUGAGUCAGAAAACAAGGCCAGACAGAACCUCCAAAAUUUCCCUGAGCCACUGGUGGUGCCCAUCCUCUACUUGACAACCCUUGCUUGCUGUUCACGACUCCAUGAACUGUGUGAUGAUCUCUACACCUACACUAAGGAUCGAUACUUUGCUGGAGAGAUAGUGGAAGUAACCAGUAUUAGUGGCCUCAAGCAAACGUGUAAGGUUUUGGAAGUUCUGACCUCACCAGUACAAAAUGGGACUGCCAAUGGACAUGUAAGCAACAGAGCUGAAGAUGUGGUGAUUGUCAUUAGUGAUGAAAGUGACAAUGAGGAACGAUCCAAAAGCUCUGGGCCAUCUGCAUCAAUUGGGAAAAAGAAAAGCAAGGUUGAUGUUGCUUUAUUUCAGUACAAGGUGAAACCUCUUAAAACUGAAGGGAAUGAAACCAUCAUUAAGGCUGCCCAGAUGAAUCGCAAGAAAAAUCAAUUUUCUCAAGACAAGUUGAAGCUCUUUCUCAAACAGCAUUGUGAGUUACGACAUGGCAUGCUUAAAGUCAAGUCUUCAACAGUUGAUAAGUACAAGCUUUCAGAGCAGAAUUUCUCCCAUUUGUUCCCGGAUGAUCCAUCGACAUUUAUUUUCAGUCCUACUAACAGAGGUCGGGGAAGGACUCACAAGAAUCGUUCUUCAUUAGCAAACUAUCAGUCGGAUAGUGCUACUGAUGGGGAAGACAUGUCAAAAUAUAGAAACAAAUCCGCAAGAGAAAUUGAAAAGAUGCGCAGGCAAAAGGAAGAAAUGAAAGCAUCAGCAAAAAGAAGGAAAGAAGAGGAACUAGCAAAUGAGUUAAAGAAAAGAAAGGAGGUGUUGGAAGCUAAAAAGAAAGAAAAAGAAGACAAAGAAAAGAAAAAAGAAGAACUAAAGAAAAUAUUGGAAGAAGAGAAAAUGAAAAGGAAAGAAGAAAAGGAACGUCUAAAGUUGGAGAAAGAGAAGGAAAGGGAAAAACUACGAGAAGAAAAGAGGAAAUAUGCAGAAUAUCUUAAAGAAUGGAAUAAGCCCCGUGAAGAUAUGGAAUGCGAGGACUUGAAGGAACUUCCAAUUCCAACACCUGUAAAGACCAGGUUACCGUCAGAGCUUUUUGGUGAUGCAUUAAUGGUUCUGGAGUUUUUACAUGCAUUUGGAGACCUGUUUGACCUCCAGGAUGAGUUUCCAGAUGGCAUGACUCUAGAGAGCCUCGAGGAAGCACUUGUUGGAAAUGACACUGAAGGACCACUCUGUGAAUUGCUGUUUUUUUUCCUAACUGCAAUUUUUCAGGCACAUGCUGAGGAAGAGGAAGUAGCCAAAGAACAGUUAAAAGAGGCUGAUCCAAAAGAUUUAACAGAUGCUUUGGAUGAAGAUCUAGAUUCUACUAAAAGUGCAGUCUCUGCAGUUGCAGCUUUCGCAGCUGCAUGGCCCCAGCUCUACCAAGGCUGCACAUUGCAUGAUUUGGAUCUUGAUAGCUGUACGCUGUCUGAAAUCCUCCGGCUUCACAUCCUAGCAGCAGGGGCAGAUGUGACACCAGCAAAUGCCAAGUAUCGAUACCAGCAACAAGGUGGAUUUGAUGCCACAGAUAAUGCUUGUGUCGAAUUCAGGCUGAGCAACCCAGGACUGUUGAAAAAAUUAACAAAUACUCCAGUGUACGACUUGACAUCAGCGGAGAAGCUGAAGAUACUGCAUGCUUUGUGUGGACAACUACUGACUUUGGUUUCCACAAGGGAUUUCAUUGAAGAUAAUGUGGAGAUUCUAAAGCAGGCAAGGCAGGAAUUUAGGGAACUGAAAGCUGAACAACACCGUAGAGGGAGAGAAGAGGCUGCAGCAAGAUAUCGUAAGAAAAGAGAAGAGCGACUGAAAGAGCAAGAACAGAAAAUCAGGGAUAGACAUGACCAGCUAAAAGAAGAGGAACAGAGAAACUCAAAAAGAAAUGCAAUUGAAGAGGACAUGACUCAGGAAGAGUUCGAUACCAGCACAGAGAGCCAAGAGUCUGCAAACAAGGAGAGAGGGCAUGAAACAGCCACAGAAGACGAGGAAGAAUUGGGAUCAAGUAUAAGGAGUCAAAAAGGAAAGAAUAAUCAAGUUGGGUUUAAAAGUACCCAGAAUCGUGAGGAAACUGAAGCAGUUGCGGUAGAUAGAAAAGUAAUCUUAACUCCAGAGGAAGAGGAAGCUUUGAAACAUGAGCAGCAAAAAAAGGAAAAAGAGCUUGGAGGGAAAAUUCAAAAUGCUACAUCCUGCACCAAUAUUCUCCCUUUGGGGCGAGACCGUAUGUACCGUAGGUAUUGGGUGUUAAAUUCUGUACCUGGCUUGUUUGUGGAGGAAGACUAUGAAGGUUUGAUGGAGGACAUGUUGCAGCCUUGUCCUAUAAAAACUCUAGUUGAGAACUUGGCGUCUCAGGGAAAUAAAGUUUCUGAUAAAGUACAAGGUAAUGAAUCCUCAGGGAAUGGAGCUUCAGGGAAGAUGGACCUAAAGCAGCACGAGCCACAUAGCAAAAAUGUUUCUCAGGCCCGAAACUCUUCAGUUUCUCCUUUACAAUCAUCACAGCCAUCUACCUCAAAACAGGACCAAAUUCUUGACACAAGUUAUACAGCGGAGUUGCACAGGCCAGUCAACAAGCCAAAUCGAUGGUGCUUUUAUUCAUCACCAGAACAAUUAAAUCAACUGAUUGAAGCACUUAACUCAAGGGGAAAUAGAGAGAACUCUUUGAAAGAAACUCUUCUCCAGGAGAAAAGCCGACUAAAUGAGUUUCUUACUAACUUUCCUGUGGAAAGAUUCAACAUUCCAGAUAAACCUCCAGUGGAGAGCAAGAAUGUUCGAAGUACUUUAAAAGGUGCUCACAGCGCACAUGACACUUCGGUAUUAUCUGCUGAGAAGCAACUUGAACUGCGAUUGAAGGAUCUGUUGCUGGACAUUGAAGAUCGAACCUGGCAAGGAACUCUAGGAGGAAUAAAAGUGAUGGAGCGAUAUGCUUGGAGAGAAGCGCUGGAAACUGGACAGUAUGAAUUGUUGAGUGAAGCAACUCCUACACAAAAUGGUAUUCGAUUAUUGGAGAAUGAUUUUAAGGAAAAUGGAACUAUUAAAAUUGAGGGAGAAGAAGCAAAAGUACUUGAAGGCAUGAACAAUAGAUAUAACUCUAAAGACAGACCUUUGGAACUCAAGACCGAAACAAAAAGUUCUGUAUCUACUAGUACUAGUACUCCACAACAUGUAAACUCUGUGGUGCGUUAUCUGGCUAUUGCUUUGCUUCAGUUGGAACAGGGAAUUGAGCGCAAAUUUCUGAAGCCUCCUUUGGGAGACUCGGAUGAUGUAAAAAAGGAACAAAAAGACAAAAAGAAGAAAGAUGAUAAGAAAAGGAAAGAUGACGAUCAAUUCAGUGAAAAAGAUGAUGCUAGUGAUGGUGGUAAAAUACAGAAGACGCUAUUAGAUCGCUGGAGAGAGUCACUUGUCGCUUCUACUAGCUUGGCUCAGGUUUUCAUUCAUCUCUCUACACUGGAUCGCAGCAUCGUAUGGGCCAAGUCUUUGCUGAAUGCUCGCUGUAAGAUCUGCCAUAAGAAGGGUGAUGCAGAAAACAUGCUCUUAUGCGAUGGUUGUGAUAGAGGUCACCACACGUACUGCUUGAGACCAAAGGUUAAGAUCAUUCCAGAUGAUGAUUGGUUCUGCCCUGAAUGUAGACCAAAGCAGCGGUUUCGCCGUCCAAUGGCCAGACAGAGGCCAUCAUUGGACAGUGAGGAAGAAGAUGUAGCUGAAGUGGAGGAGUUAGAAGAGGAGAUUAUGGAAGCAGAGAAUGAAGAAGAAAAGGAGGCAAUGGAGAAAAAUGAAACCGAAGAAAAUGAAAUGGAAAAAAGUCAACCACGAAGAGGAAGGCCACGGUUGAAACUACAAAUCAAGGGCAAAAGAGGCAAAUCCAGCAUUCCAAAAGCAAUGGGUACCCAGCGCACAGGUAGAAGAAAAUACACCCGUCGCAAUCGGACAAAUAUCUCCAAAUUAACUGGUAGAAAACGUGGCAGAAGACUGGGGAGGAAACCAAAAUCUGCAUCAAACACGGAAAUAAAACCACUGCCCAGACCAUAUCGUCGUGCUAAAUCCUGUCAAGCAAUUGAAUCCUUCAGUGAAUUGGGCACCCCCCGUCAGCGACGGAAAUAUCGGAAGAUUGCUACCAGUACUCCUGAAUGCAGCACUUCAAUCUCUCGCAAUGUUAACGUUUCCGGUUUAGGCCUCUUGCAGGAUGAACCCGUAAGAAAAAAGAGGAAGUAUACACGUCGUGUACAACCGAAUCCAACUCAGGUGAUCAAAGCAGGCAAAAGAGGCAGAAAACGGAAAUCUGCAGACAUAGCAAUGCAAGUAUCAAAAAUAACUGGGAGUCGGAGGAGUUCAAGUCGACACUCUGGUAUACACGAGCUUUCUGUUUGUGAACAGCUUAUUGUUGACUUAGUUCGGCAUGAAGACAGUUGGCCAUUCCUGAAACUGGUAAACAAAGCCCAGGUUACUGAUUACUACGACAUUAUUAAAAAGCCAGUUGCCUUAAAUAUUAUAAGAGAAAAACUAAACCGAUGUGAAUAUAACUUUGCAUCGGAUUUUAUUGAUGAUAUAGAAUUGAUGUUUACAAACUGUUUUGAAUACAAUCCUCGAAACACAAGUGAAGCAAAAGCCGGGAUAAAACUUCAAGCCUUCUUUCACAAUCAAGUAGAAAAGCUGGGAUUGCCAAUGAAACCUGCCAAUGUGGACCAUCCACCACAACCACCAGUUACCAAAAGGUCAAGAAUAUAGGGUUGUUCAGUGGUGUUGCUUUAGACAGGAACAUUGUAAAAUAUAUAUGGUGUUCCAUUUUUUGAAAUGAAAACUAGAAUCAUGCCACAGACUGCCUUGCCCUUCUCUGAACUGCAAUAACUUUUAUUUUACAACCUUGAAAUGCGACCUGCACUGGACUAAAAUUCUUCUAUUGUUAAGCACUCAGGAAAAUGUAGUAUGAAGCUGCAUUUUGCUACAAUAAAUUUGUAGAGAUUUCAUAAUUGUGUAUAUUGGAUACAGUACUGUUUUACUGAAUGACUUUUGUACUUUUUUGAAGUAACAUUCAUGCAUAGUAGUGUCUUCCACCAAACACAGGGUAAAUGUUAUACUUUUAUAAAUAUAAUUGUGGAGCUCUCCUGUGUUCUCAUUUUGUGAAGAAAUAGACUGUUAAUUUGUUUAAGGAAAAAUCAGUCACCAAGUCUCAAGUUACACCUUUUAUUUUAAUUAAAAAUGAGGUUUUUUUUAAACCAACGAAGAAUGUUACACUACACGAGUGACAAUUGUAUAUCAUUUCAGUACUGUACAUGUUUCAUACUGGUGAGAAUGAUUGAUCUGCCAUGAAAUAGAGUAGAUAUUUAUUCAGUGUUGAAAACAAUUUGUGGGAUGUUGAAUUUCUCUUAUUUAUGAAAUUUGUAAUUGAAACUUGGGGGAGGAUUGAGGUUUUCUCACGCUGCAACAUUUUCUCUUUUUUUAACGUGUCCUUUCAAAUGCCCAAUAAAAUGUGGAAUCCACAAACUGGAUUGUUAUGUAAUGUUUCUGGCAUCAGUAGUAUCGAAUUUGAUAAUGUGGUUUACUUUGUAAAAAUAAUUUUUGUUUCUUUGUACAAAUAAAAGUUUAAGUUGA